AUGAUACAGUAACAAUUUCAUCCAACAAUUAUGCAACUUGUUAAAAAUUUUCAUUUCUAAACAAUAAGAUAGUAUUAUGAGGUUUAUUGGUUUGGUACUUCUAAAUCUAAUUGUCUUUAUUGUGUUCAAGAAUUUCAUAGAAGCAUCUAAAGAAAUUAAUGUUUAUGUUAGCCAGGUGAUUAUGAUGAUGGAAUUAAUCUACCAUGUCUACCAAUUUGUGGAGAUUAAAUCAUAGUUGAUGAAGAUGAUUGUGAUGAUGGUAAUAAUGAUCCAUAUGAUGGAUGUCAUUAAUGUUAAUUUACAUUUUAAGAUGAAUGUUAAAUUUGUUUCAAAGGUAAAUGUUAUCAUUGCAAAGAUAAUUAUUCAUUAAUUGAGGCUAUUAAUACUUUCAUAUCAAUUUGUGGUGAUUUAGUAAUAAUUAAAAUGAAUAAUGCGAUGAUGGUAAUAAUAUUAAAUUUGAUAGAUGUCAUUCUUGUUAAUUCUAAUGGUAUAAUCAUUGUAUCCAUUGUAGUUAAAGAAUUUGUUAGAAAUGGGAUGAAAUAAAUGGAUGGUAUUUAACAGGUGCGAAAUGUGAAUUUAUAUGUGGAGAUGGAAUAGUUGCUAAAGGAUAAGCAAUAUUGUGAAGAUUCAAAUUUAUAUCCUUUCGAUUUAUGCAAUUUUUGCGAAUAAGAAUGUUCAGAACAUUGUUUGCUUUGCUCAAAUGGAAAGUGUCUUAAAUGUGGGAAAGGAUUUUAAUAUGAUGAAUAAAAUAAAUUAUGUUUUCAAAUUUGUAGUGACAUUUUAAUUGUAGGGAAUGAAUAAUGUUUAGAUUAGAUAACAUAUUAUUUAUAAAUUUGUGAGAAUUGCUAGUUAAGUGUCAUCAUAAUUUUUAACUAUGUAAUUAUGGCUAAUGUAAUUAAUGUUAAUUUGGUUAUAAUUUAAUUAAUAAUGGUUGUUAACAAGAUUAUGGAGAUGGAUAAAUUGUAGGUACUGAAAUUUUUGACUCAUCUAUUUAAUAUAUCAAUUCUAAUUGAUUUAACUGUAAUUAUAAUUGUGGAUAUGGCUGUUUUAUUUGCAAUUAGGGAAUCUGUGAAGAUGGGAUAUUUAUUAGAUAAUUAUGCAUGUUAUCCAAUUUAUGGAGAUUUAAUAAUAGUUGAACCUGAGUUAUGUGAUGAUGGAAAUUUAAUACCUUUUAAUGGAUGCCAUAAUUACUAUUCUUGUGAUUUAGGCUGCAUUAUAUGCUAAUCUGGAUAAUGUACAGAAAUCAGUAAGCCAAAUGAAGAUAAUAAUAAUGAUUAGACUACUUCUGAUUGUAUUCCAGAUUGUAAUCUUUAUAGUAAUGAGAAUUAUUGUUUAGCUUGUAAUGAGUACUUUUAAUUAAUUAAUAAUUUAUGUGCACCUAUUUGUGGGGAUAGUAUUGUGAUGGUUUAGAGGGAUAUGAUGAUGGAAAUGACCAACCAUAAGAUGGAUGCUAUAAUUGCUAAUUUUUAUGUUUUUAAGGUUGUGUUGAAUGUUAAUAAAAUUAAUGUACAAAGUGUAAUGAUAAAUUUUACAUUUUCGAUAUCUUAACUUAAAAAUGUUUGUAAAUAAACUCUUAUCAAAAUGAUUAAAAUAUUGAUUAUCCAACUACAGAGUUUCAGUAAUAUAAUGCUUUAAGAUGUGGAGAAAAUCAAUUGCUAAUUAAUAAUUUAUGUAUCAAUAAAUGUGGGAAUGGAUUUCUAGCCAAUAAAUACGAAGAGUGUGAUGAUGGAAAUAUUUUUGGAGGAGAUGGAUGUUCUUCAUUUUGUAAUACGGAGGAUUCAUUAAAUUAGGAAGAUUCAUUAAGUUUAUGCACAUAUAUUGAAGCUCCUGACUUCAAUCUCAAUAUUUUAUCUGAUAAAGGCAGUUCAAUAUAAUUAUUAGAAUUAACUUUCACAUAAUAAGUUAAAAUAUAAACAGGACUAGUUAUUAAACAUAUUAUGUUGUUCACAAUAUCUCCAGAAACUCAAUAUUACUUAACAAUCAAUAGCAUUGAUAAUAAAACAAUUUACUUGGGCUAUCCAAAAUAUUAAAUUUAAAUCGAGCAUAUUCAACCAAUUUAAAAUCCCAUACUAAAAGCAGAGAUAGAGAAGUCCAUAAUACAUAAUGCAUUUCAUUAUGAGUUAUAAAUAUACUAAAAGAAGAUCAUUCUUGGAACUACUAUUGUGUUGCCUGAGACCACAAAAUAAUAAUAACUUCUGUUAUAUAAAUUAAUGAUGUAUUCUAUUAUAAGUAUAUCAAGUUUAGCUUAGCUAUCAAGUAAUGCAAUUAUGUUCUUUAACAUAUUAGAUUUAUUAUUGUCCUUACCAUAUAUUAAGUUUAUGUAAAAUAAAUUUCUACCUAAUUUAAUUGAAUUUUUGAACACUUAUCCUAAAGUAUCAUUGCAAUCAAUCAUGAAUUAUUUUAAAGUAGAUUAAUUAUUGGCAAAAUUAAAUGGUGGUACUUUUCCAAAUCACUUCACCAAUAAAUCCAAUAAUUAAAUUUAAGCGAAAAGGUAUUUUAAGUUCGAAUAUCAAAGCUGA